GCCCGCGGGGAUCGGCAACUUUGGGAACCGGGAACGCGCGCGGCGCCUGUGGAAAAGCGGAGACUUUGUGGAAAAGAUUUCACGCUGCGGCUCUGUGAAAAAUUGCCGGUUUCUGGCAACUUCCUCAGAAAGCGGCUGAGGAGCCAGGACUGGGGAGAGCGGUGGAUUUGGGACGGCGUUAAAGGAAACCCGGCAGGAUUUGCGAGAAUAGCGAAGGGAACUGGGCAGGAUUUAGGACAGAGGCAAAGAAAACCCGGCGGGUGUCUGAGGAGUUGUGGAUUUGCGAAGAAAAACAGCCCAAGUUUCAAAAAGAGCGAGUUUUCAAGGAAAAAUUAAGUUCCGAAUCGCGUCGGUGAAGAGGCGAGUGCCGGUGCUGCGGGGACAAGGUUGGGUUGGAUUUCGGCUUCUUUUGUUUAUUCUCCCCCUCGCUUUUUUCCUUCUCUUUCUUUCCUUCUUCUCUUUUUCUUUUCUUCCUUUUUUUCUUCAUUUCCCCCCUUUUCCUCUUCCUCUUCCAUUUCCUUUUUUUCCUUUUUUCUUUUUUUUUUCUUUUUCUUCUUCCCUUCCCCCCACUUCUUUUCCUGUUUUUUUUUUUUCUUUCUUACUUCUUUAUUUCUUCUUUCGUUUCUUCUGCGUCUCCUUUGAGGCCAAACCCUGCCAGGCUGGCACCAAAACCGAGGCCAAUAAGGUGUACUAUUCACUUACGAUCCAUUUUUCUAACGUGAGCCAGCUCCCGGAGGAGCCCCCAGCUCUGUCCCUCGCACACAUCUGUCGUUCCCCAGUGUUAUUACAUUUUUUCGUGUGUUGUUUCCUUUUCCCCAGCGUUAUCCCAGCGGUUCCAUGGCUGUGCGGCGCUGGAGGGGUCUCCCCUUUGGGAAUUUCUCUGAUUGUCCCAACGGGUCCCGCUGGAUCAUGGAUGUGUUCAAUGAGUGUGCCCAGGACAGCUGGGAUGUCGCCAGCAUCGUCCUGGGGCUCGGCUCCAUCGGCUGCUUCAUCGCUGCAGCCUUCCCGCAGUUUUACCAGGCCUGCAGAACGGGCAUCAUGGACCAGGCUCUCUCCAUCUAUUUCCUGCUGGGAUGGCUGGGCGGAGACCUGCUCAACCUCAUCGGUUCCUUCCUGGCUGAUCAGCUGCCCCUGCAGGUGUACACAGCCAUUUACUACGUGCUGGCAGACCUGGGGAUGCUCUCCCUCUACUGCUACUACCGGGUGAAGAACGGGGGCAGAGCCUUUUCUGCUCCCAUCAAUGCAGCCUUUGUGUUCCUCUCUGUGGGGUCCCUGCCCAGCCUCUCCCUCCUGGGCAGUGCCAGCAACGAGGAUCCAGCAACCUUCAGAGGGAGGUCUCUGCUGUCAGCUCCUGGGGAUCAGCUUGGACCAAAGCCUUUCUCUAGGACUGAGAUCAUUGGAUUUACCAUCGGAUCCAUCUCCUCCGUGCUCUACUUGUGCUCCCGAGUGCCCCAGAUCUGCACCAACUACAAGAGGAAAUCCACCAGUGGGGUCUCCUACUCUCUGUUUGCCCUGGUGAUGCUGGGGAAUUCCCUGUACGGCCUCAGUGUCCUCCUGAAGAACCCAGAGCCAGGCCAGGGCCAAGGUGACUACAUUCUGCACCACCUGCCCUGGCUCGUGGGCAGCCUGGGUGUCCUGGCCCUUGAUGUGGUUGUAUCCUUUCUCCUGGGAUGGGAUCCCAUCCUGCCAGCAGGACCUUGCAGGGAGUGGAGCAGGCAGGGGUGGGCAGGAGGAGUGGGCUGGUGCUGCUCCCUGGGUGAUUUGUGGUGUUGCACUGGCUGGGAAACACCUCAGCCUCUGGGAGCUCCUUGUCUUGUUCCCACCUCUCCUGGCAUAAACUCGGGGUGGUGACACCCAGAGCAUCCCCGAGAGCCACCCUGUGAACGUGCAGAGCCUUGACCUCGCCCCAGAUCUCCUUCCAGUUCCUGGCAUAUCGGAAAGGACAGCCUGGAGCCCUCGAGGAGAGGGAUGCUCUCCUUGGGG